CGGUCGUCCUCACUCAAGUUACCGUGGUCACGCAGUGGAAGUACAACAUUGAUCGAUCAAAAAUUCUUCUCGUUUUUCGUCUCUGGAUCUCUCUUCUCGAAUUUACAGGCGAGAGAGCAGGAUGACGAUGUUUCACUUCUUCAACUGUGCAAUCUUGACAUUUGGCCCUCACGCCGUCUACUAUUCCGCUACUCCUCUAUCUGAGUAUGAUACACUUGGCACUUCUGUCAAAACUGCCGUUGUCUAUCUGGUCACAGCAUUGGUGAAGCUUGUUUGCCUUGCUACAUUUCUUAAGGUGUCUGAAAGCGACAGUUUUGAUCCUUCUCAGGAAUUGUUGAAAGCUUUGAUUGGUUUUAUAGAUGUUGCGGGGCUUUACUUUGCCCUGACUCAGUUAACUCACAGGAACAUCUCUCAAAAUCACAAGUUUCAGGCCGUUGGACUUGGGUGGGCUUUUGCUGAUUCAGUUUUGCACAGGCUGGCACCCCUUUGGGUUGGUGCUAGAGGACUUGAAUUUACAUGGGAUUACAUUCUGCAAGGGCUCGAAGCAAAUGCAAAUCUGAUGCUGAGUAUAUCACUUGCUGCAUUGGGAUCUUUGAUGUGGCUAAGGAAAAACAAGCCCAAGACUUUGAUUCCUAUCAUAUAUGCAUGUGCAGGAAUUGUGGCAACAAUGCCUUCUAUCACAAGCUAUUUGAGGUGGGGGUUAGGAUGGCACCUUCCAGAAGUUGUAGGUUUUCAACUCUUCACUUCCUUGGCCAUGGCUUUAAUCAGCUGGCAACUCUUCUCAGCAUGUCAAAGACCAUCUGCUUAAGAAGAAUGGAAUUUUCAGCCUCAAUGGCCUUUUCAUAUCUGGGACUAUUCUUGUAGAAGCUUAGACAUUAAAUUCAUCGAUCCAUACGCCUGAUCUGUCUCCCAAUUUAGUUGUUUUUCCCCCAUUCAACAACUGCAUUGCCCAGUAUCCGUUUUAAUUGAUAAAUGAGCUUUCUGGAA